AUGUCCCCUAAAGAAGCAGAAGAUAAGACCAUUAAAAUUAACAAAUGGGAUGGUUCAGCUAUUAAAAAUGCUUUGGAUGAUGCAGUUAGAGAGGUGCUUACCAAAAAAUAUUCAUACACUGAAAAUUACUGUUUAAUGGAUGGCCGAUUGGUAAUUUGCAGUAUAGCUGUUGGUGUAGCUAUGUAUGCUUUAUUAUGGGAUUAUUUAUAUCCUUUUCCACAAUCGAGACCUAUUUUAAUAUUCUGUGUAGCCACAUACUUUGUAAUGAUGGGAAUUUUAACUCUGUAUACUACUUAUAAGGAAAAAGGUAUUUUUGCUGUUUGUGUUCAAAAAGAUGGGGGCAAAAAGGAGAAAGUGUGGGAGGCCAGCUCAUAUUUAGCAAAGUUUGAUGAUAAAUAUAAUUUAAUCUUGACCUAUAAGGAUGGUAAAUUAGGAUCCAAAAGGGAAGCCAAAUCAAUUAAGAGUGUAGCUAACUUUGUUGAUGUUAACGGGCAAGUUGUGCACAAUUUAGUUGAAAAUGAAGUAACUAAAUUGCACAAUUCCCUGUUGCACGAGAAGAAGGAGAAGUGA